GGAAUAAAUGAAAUGGGCAACCAAUCCAUUGUGACAGAAUUCCUUUUAAUGGGAUUUGCAGAUGACCAUGAAACACAGAUUUUGCAUUUAGUUAUAUUUCUGUUUGUUUAUUUAACAGCUGUAGUGGGAAAUCUUCUGAUCAUCAUGGCUGUCACCCUAGACCAUUAUCUUCACAAUCCCAUGUAUUUCUUUUUGGUUCAUCUGUCAUUUUUAGAUCUCUGCUUUAUUUCUACUACAGUUCCUAAAUCCAUAGCCAUUUCAAUUACACAAAAUAGAGCAGUAACGUUUACUGGAUGUGCUGCACAGCUAUUUUUAAUUGUUACUUAUACUAGUGGUGAACUUUUUUUGCUCACUGCCAUGGCCUAUGACCGUUAUGUAGCCAUCUGCCACCCUCUGCAAUACAGUAUGAUCAUGAACUGGAAUGCUUGCAUUCAAAUGGCAUCUGCUGCCUGGAUAAGUAGCUUGAUUCAUGCAGUAGUAGAAACCAGUCUAACUUUCAGAGUGAACUUUUGUGGAUCCAAUAAAAUUAGACAAUUUUUCUGUGAUAUGCCUCUGUUACAAAAAAUAUCUUGCGCUGAUUCAAAUGUUCACACAUUUUUCGUUUUCAUUCUUGGGCUCUUUAUAGUCACAUUUUGCAUUGGAGUCCUGUUUGCUUCUUAUGGAUAUAUCUUUUCCACAGUGCUGAGAAUAACAUCAGUUCAUGCAAGAAUCAAAACUUUCUCAACCUGCACUCCUCAUAUGACUGUGUUUUCCUUAUUUGUUAUCACUGCUGUAUUUUCAUAUAUGAUACCAAAAAACCUUUCUACUCCAAUUAUGGAUGUGGUUGCUGCGUGCCUGUAUACACUUUUGCCACCAGUUCUAAAUCCCAUCAUUUACAGUUUAAGGAAUAAGGAUAUACAAAAAUCUUUGUGGAAAAUAUCCACAAGAUUAAAACAUCUCCUAUAG